AUGUCAAAUAUCGUCACGAGGUCACGGAUAGUGCUGAAGAAGCAGAGAUCCAGUUUAGACGAGGGCCACAAGAUGCCUCAACAACAAGUCCAUUCCUAUGUUGACCAGCGCAGCUUAAGAUCCCAAUAUCGUGUCGGGUUCGGGAUCGCAGAGGAUUCGCGCGAAGCGGUUCGCACCAGGAAGGGCUCUUCUGUCGCGGUAGCUUCGUGGCAACCGAUGGAUUAA